GGUGGGGCCUGGCUAGGCCGCUCUAGGCCGCGCUCGCCGUCCUCUCGGCGGCUCUCUCCCCCUCGCUGGCUCGCUCGCGGUGGGUUCGGAGCCGAGCCGAGCGGAGCCGAGGCCGCCCAGCCGGGGCUCCGCCCGCUGCGCGUCCCCUUCCACCCUUCGGCCCGUCCUGGACCCAGCGUCCUCGGCCUCCCGCAGGGGCCCGCACCGAGGCCGGAACCAGCGCCGCGGGCUGCCGGGGCCGCCCGGGAGAUGAAAUGACAACUUCAACUCUCCAGAAGGCCAUUGAUCUGGUGACGAAGGCGACAGAGGAGGACAAAGCCAAGAACUAUGAGGAGGCAUUGCGGCUCUACCAACACGCUGUGGAAUAUUUCCUACAUGCAAUCAAAUAUGAGGCACACAGUGACAAAGCGAAGGAGAGCAUCCGGGGAAAGUGUAUGCAGUACUUGGACCGGGCUGAGAAGCUGAAGGAUUACUUACGGAAUAAAGACAAGCAGAGCAAAAAGCCAGUGAAAGAGGCUCCAAAUGACAGCAAAGGAAGUGACAGCGACAGUGAAGGAGAGAAUCCAGAGAAGAAGAAGCUGCAAGAACAGCUAAUGGGGGCCAUCGUCAUGGAGAAGCCCAACGUUCGGUGGAAUGACGUGGCUGGACUGGAGGGAGCCAAGGAAGCGCUUAAAGAGGCCAUCAUCCUGCCAAUUAAGUUCCCACACUUGUUCACAGGCAAGCGCACCCCCUGGAGAGGGAUCCUGCUCUUUGGACCUCCUGGCACAGGAAAAUCUUACCUGGCAAAGGCUGUGGCAACAGAAGCCAGCAACUCCACCUUCUUCUCUGUGUCCUCCUCAGAUCUGAUGUCCAAAUGGCUGGGGGAGAGUGAGAAGCUCGUCAAAAACCUCUUUGAGCUGGCCAGGCAGCACAAACCCUCCAUCAUCUUCAUUGAUGAGGUGGAUUCCCUCUGUGGAUCUCGGAAUGAGAAUGAGAGCGAGGCUGCCCGGAGGAUCAAGACGGAGUUUCUGGUCCAGAUGCAGGGGGUCGGGAACAACAAUGAUGGCACCUUGGUCCUGGGCGCCACAAACAUCCCAUGGGUGUUGGAUUCAGCCAUUAGGAGGAGGUUUGAAAAACGAAUUUACAUCCCCCUGCCUGAGGAAGCAGCCCGGACCCAGAUGUUCCGGCUGCAUCUUGGGAACACCCCACAUAGCCUCACCGAGGCCAACAUCCUUGAGCUAGCCCGAAAGACAGAGGGCUACUCGGGAGCAGACAUCAGCAUCAUCGUGCGGGAUUCUCUCAUGCAGCCUGUACGAAAAGUGCAGUCAGCAACACACUUCAAAAAGGUUCGGGGUCCUUCUCGCACCAACCCUGGAGUCAUGAUAGAUGACCUUCUGACCCCCUGCUCUCCAGGAGACCCUGGAGCCAUUGAGAUGACUUGGAUGGAUGUACCCAGUGACAAGCUAUUGGAGCCUGUGGUAUGCAUGUCAGACAUGCUUCGGUCUUUGGCCACCACUCGACCCACCGUCAAUGCAGAAGACCUUCUGAAAGUGAAGAAAUUCUCAGAGGACUUUGGACAGGAAGGUUAAAAGCUUCUGUUGGGGUGAUGAUGAGGGGGGAGGUUGACCAGGGGAAGUCCAUGGCACUUCCUCUCCCCAUGCCAGCAGCCAGACCGGGCCCCACGUGGCUCAUCCCAGAGUCACCACAGAAUCCACUUUGCUGUCUGGUAAGCACCUGGGAAGCAAGGAGGAUGGGCUUCUCCUACAGCCUCAGAGACACUGGAGCACAGCUGGUACAUGAUGGAGCCUGGGUUCUACAUGUGUCCUCCUUUCCAAAAGCUCACUACUCCUUUUCCUGACUCUCCCUGUCUUGUUUUUUUAACUUUUUUUUUGUAAUUAUUCUAAAUUAAUGCUGCUUGGAUUUUUGUCUUGUUUAUAAAUAAAAAUAAAAUCACCCAAAAGCUUCAGGGAGUGGAAUGAUCCCAUUCCUGUAGUGGUCAGCUCAGCCAGCCCUUUCCUCCUCCUUUCUCUUUAUAGCCGUGUCCUAGUUCUUGAGAAAAGGCCAUCUGAAGCCCUUUGGCUCCUCGUCCUAAAUAUUUCCUAAGAUCGUCAGGAACCUUGCCGGUGUCACUUUGAGGCUAGGUAUACACGGACUUGUUUCUUCUGUGCAGGAGGAGGAGACGACUUCUGCAAAUGAAAAACUAUUCAAGUCAAAAGAAAUUAGGUGUGUAGUGAAGACUGUUGGCCCAUUUUUCACAGCUGCCUUUUCCUCCUUCUGCCUGUGGGAACAGAGCAGUGUUACUGCACUUAAGUAACUCCCUCUCCUGGAAAUGGUCUAAUAAACCUUUUUCCCCUCCUGA